AUGAAUCGACGCCGACUAGCUUUGAUCUUCGGAAAUGAGGACUACAGUGAUGCAGCAAAAUUAAAAAGUUGUGUUAAGGAUGCAGAUGAUAUGGCAGCUACAUUAACUAGCUUGGGUUUUCAAUGUACAAAAUAUCAUAAUUUGAAUAAACGUUCUACGGAUAUUGCUAUCAGAGACUUUUGUGCAACAAUUGAGGAUGAUGAUUGUAUUUUAAUAUAUUUUUCUGGACAUGGCAUGGAAGCAUACGGUAAGAACUAUUUACUGCCAAUCGAACCGUUGGAAGAUCCGGAAUUCGAUUGUAUAAGUUUGGAUACUCUGUUGAAAGACCUGAAGCGUUCUGGAAAUAAUCUUUUAAAUAUUAUUAUUUUGGACGCUUGUCGAUUUGAUGAAAACAAUGAUACCUGGAAAAUAAAAGCUAUUAAUAAACAACCACAUCUUAAAGCAGCAUUUGGUAAUGCAUUAACACCACAUAUUAACAUACCAAAAGACUCACAAUUUGCUUUAAUAUUUUCAUCUGACCCUGGUACAGUAUCUUACUCUGGUGAAGAAGGUGGAAAUAGUUUCUUUACAUCAGCGCUGUUAAAUCAUUUGGCAACACCACAGCUAGAGGUUGAUAGCAUGAUGAAGCAAGUUAGAAAAGAAAUGUUACAAAACUCACAGGGUCAACAACGACCGUGGAUUCAUUCAUGUCUAACGGAAGACUUUUAUUUCAAUCAAGUUGCACCAGUUUCAGACAUCAGUUUCAAUGCCAGAUGGGCACAAUGCGGUGUUACGGUAGCCGGCGGCAAUGGUCCAGGCAAUGAACCGAACAAAUUCAAUCAACCUUGGGGUUUCUAUUUGGACAAUGAUCAAACAUUGUAUAUCGCUGAUUUAAGAGGUUUUCGUAUUAUGGAAUGGAAGCCUGGUGCAACCAGUGGUCGAGUGGUAGCCGGUGGAAAUGGAGAAGGCAAUCGUGAUGAUCAGUUGAAUUUGCCUGUAGAUGUGACCAUUGACAAAGACAACGAUAAUUUCAUCAUUUCGGAUUAUGGAAAUCAACGAGUGAUGCGAUGGCCUCGUAAAAAUGGCACAAAUGGAGAAGUAAUCAUUCCGAAUAUUAAUUGCUGGGGUGUUGCAAUGGAUGAUCAAGGAUUUCUCUAUGUUUCUGAUGUAGGAAAUGGUGUAGUAAAACGAUUCCAAGUGGGAGAAGCAAAUGGAACGAUAGUGGCUGGUGGUAUGGGAGUGGGUGAUCGUCUCAAUCAACUCAAUACUCCGGCUCACAUCUUCGUCGAUCAUGAUCAGUCUGUCUAUGUAUCAGACUCAGGAAAUGAUCGUGUGAUGAAAUGGGUUAAGGGUGCAACAGAAGGAGUUGUUGUGGCUGGUGGUCGAGGCAGAGGAAGUAAUCUUAGACAACUGUCGAAUCCUCGAGGAGUGUUUGUCGAUUCAUCGGGUACAGUUUAUGUAUCAGAUCAUUGGAAUCAUCGAGUAGUGGCUUGGCCCAAAGGAAUGACAAAGGGAAUUAUCAUUGUUGGUCAAAGCGGUCAAGGAGGCGCAACAAAUCAAUUGAGUUUUCCCUUUGAUUUGUCAUUAGAUCAAUCUGGUAAUCUCUAUGUUGUUGAUGAAUGGAAUAGCCGAGUCCAACGAUUUGAUAUCGAAAAGAGUUGA